UGACUUCCGCCGCCCCUCCGUCUUUAGCGCAGCUAGCUUGACGCAGCAGCGGAGAACCAAACGGAGGCAGAGCGGAUCAAUUUGGAGCCACGGCGGUUGAUCGGGAUUAUGCGGCGACACUGAUUGCUGUAUCGGCUGAACACUCUGUCUCCUCAUCGUGUCCAGCAGCUGUGACGUCACCUCAGUCUCCAGGUGUUAGUCUGUCCCCGGCCUGUAUGCAGCCUGUCCAGGGCCCGGCCUAAUUCCUGGUGCUCCUUCUUUUCCCUCCACCUCCUCCCUCCUUUCCCUACCCUCCUCCCCCCUUCGCCCCCUCCCUCCGUCCUCACCCCGGCCUGGUGUCCCAGCGUUUAGCCCCGACCGGCGGCCCUGCUGGCUGCCCCUCCACAGGUGGAUGAAUGAAGACCCCAUUCAAGAGCCCAGCGCCCCGCGGCCCCCCCGAGCGGACGGGGGACAUUCAGGUGUGUCUGCAAACAUGAUGAAGAAGAAGAACUCACACAAGAAACAGAGGACUAGCGUUGGUCCCAGUAAGACUCUGGCUCAGCCCAGAAGGAACAUCGUGGGCUGCAGGAUUCAGCACAUCUGGAAGGAAGGCAGUAAGUCGUCCCAGUGGAAGGGGACGGUCCUGGACCAGGUCCCCGUCAACCCGUCCCUCUACCUGAUCAAGUACGACGGCUUCGACUGCAUCUACGGCCUGGAGCUGUACAGUGAUGAGAGGGUGGUGGGGCUGGAGGUGCUGCCCGACAGAGUGGCUCCGGCCCGUGUGAGCGACUCGCUGCUGGCGGAGACGAUGAUUGGGAAGGCGGUGGAGCACAUGUUUGAGACGGAGGACGGGCCAAAGGAGGAGUGGAGGGGGAUGGUGCUGGCUCGAGCUCCCAUCAUGACGUCCUGGUUCUACAUCACCUACGAGAAGGACCCGGUGCUCUACAUGUACCAGCUGCUGGACGACUACAAGGAGGGAGACCUACGCAUCAUGCCCGACUCCAACGACAGCGUGGCGGCAGAGAGGGAACCUGGAGAGGUGGUCGACAGCCUGGUAGGCAAACAGGUGGAGUACGCCAAAGAGGACGGCGGGAAGCGGUCGGGUAUGGUCAUCCACCAGGUGGAGGCCAAGCCCUCCGUCUACUUCAUCAAGUUCGACGAUGACUUCCACAUCUAUGUCUACGACCUGGUCAAGACCUCCUAAGACCAGAAAACCCGGUCCAGGACCCCCACAGAGACUUACCGAGACCUGCCUAGACCCACCGAAAAAAAAUCCCACCAAACCCCCCCAGUGAAGUAAAACUACAGCUAGGGUUUAAAACAUCCACCAUCUAUAGAGACGCCUGAGACAGAUGAUACCACCCUUCACUCUUUGUUUUCUGAAACGCCUUAAACACAAGAAAAAUACCUGCCCCCCACUAAGACAGGAAAACUACAACCAGCUCCAGGUCUUCAGGUGAAUCCAUCAUCUAUCAUUAGUGUCCAGAUCUCUGUGGACUCUGUUAGGAAGUUUCCUCCAACACAAAGAAGACCAGCGACCCUGUUUUAUCUGGAAUAACUGAAACCUGUGUUGUUAAAUUAGAUUCUGGAACAUUUGUGGCCACAAUAAACAAAAACUUCUGCGAGGACCCGACCCUGAGAUCCUCCAGAUGAAACAAAAAGCUCCCCUGAUGGCCCAGAUAUCAUUUCCUGCAGAGUCGCAGCAGGUCUGAAACUGUUUAAUUGAACAGAAAGACCUCCUCCCCCCUCUCCUGAAACCCUGUCAGACCGCUCCAGACCUCCGUCAUCAGAGGACGGGGGGGGGGGCGGACAGGUCUGAGUCUGCCGGGGUUAAUGAAGGGACGGGACUGAAAGCCGAACCAUCGUCUGUCUCCGUCUGUAUCUAUAGAAGGUGUACUGUUCUGGUCACACAGGAGGAACUCCAAUCACAGAGCAUUUUACUGACCCCGCCUCCCUGCAGGUCACCUGCUAACGAACAAAGAUGCUGAGUGGAAUAAAGUCUGAAGGACGCCGCGGAGAGGACACGAGACUCUUUUCUUUCUCCAUUAUUUUAGCAUUUUGUCUUUUUUUUUCUGCUGAUUCCUACGUUACCCAGAAUGACUUUCAGUUUGACAUCAGACGGUCGGAGAGGCUCAGGUGUGUUUGUUCAGCUGCAUCAGUUGGUCCAAAGCAGUCUGAGAGCAGCUGUCCUCAUAAAACUGCUGCUCACAGGUCGCGCUCCUGGUCGCCGCCCUGAUUCAGUUUACAGCAGGAAUGCUAAUGAUGCUAACGAGCUGUGUCCAAGUAUUGAUGAUGAAAUAUGUUCACACAAACUCUUCAUGGAAUCUGAUCCAGAUUCAAAGGAACAGACGUAUUUUGGGAAAUCCUCGUUUAUCAGACGUCCAGAUGUGUUUCAGCUGCUCAACAUUUAUAAUCAGAUUAUAACCAUUUAAUAAGUGGUUUAUAACACACUGCAGUGUAGGUGGAUGUAAGUGUUUAUUAAUUUGUAGUAUUUUAUAACGUCUGCUAUAAAGACAGAAUUCUGAUUUGUAGAUUUUAAAUAGAGUCUUUGCUGAUUUUCAACCAGCUCUGUGUCAUCCAGGGCUUCAACUAACGAUACUGUUAUUGUUGAUAAAUCAAUCAGCUCUUUUCUCAAUUAAUCAAUUAGUUAGUUUAUAAAAUGGCAGAAAAUGGUGAAAAAUGACGUCCUCAAAUGUUUGGUUUGUCCAUGACCCAAAAAUAUUCAGUGCACUGCCACAGAGGAGGAAAUAAACCAGGAAGUAUUCGUAUUUAAGAAGUUUCAGUGAGAAUUUUAACUUUUUUUCCUUUAAGAAAUAACUCAAAUUGAUUUUUAAAUUAGUUGGUGAUUAAUUUAAUCGACGACAACUAUUCAUUGAAUUGCUGCAGCUCUGUGUCAUCACAGUGUGAUGAGAUAGAUAGUGUUUGUCUUCCUUCCAUGUAGCCAGCGUCUGGACGCUGUGUGACAUUAAAUGCGUCUUCGAAAUCCGCCAGUAAGUGAAGGGGAGCUCUGGGCGCUGGUGUCGCUAAGGGAAGCCAAACAACUAUCAUCUGCCCUCACUACCAUGACACAGAGCCGGCUGAAAAUCUUCAAUGCUUCCCUUUAAAGGGGGAUUUAUAGUUGUGAGGCAGACCCUACGCCGUUGUGUCAAACACACAUUAAACACACAUUAAACAUGGCUUAAUAGAGACUAUUUCAAACACAAAUCAGCUUCACUAUAACUCGCAGCAUUCACAGACUGCUGAUCUGGACUCUGGACUUUAUCUGGACACAUUUUCCCCACAAAUACAACAUGCUAACGUUAUUAGCACAAGCCUAUGGCAUUUUACAUUGUAUAAAUUAGCCUAGCAGCUAGCUGAUUUAUUUUUAUUUGAUUUUCUUCACAAUUUAUUGUUUCUUAUAUGUAAAAUUAAAGACGCAGAAGUAUAAAUCCCACAUUAAUAAACACGUCUAUAUCUGCUUACAGCUACAUUACAGUGUGUUAUUAACCAUUUAUUACAUGUUUAUAUUCUGCUUAUAAACGUAAAAUAAUGUGUUGAUCGUGGAGCAACGACUGAAGCGUUUCCCAAAAUGUCUGAAUGUUCCUUUAAUUGAUUCCCUCGGACAGCUGAUGCAGUAUCGAUCAGUUCUGAUCAGUCCUGAGUUCAAAUCAAAACCAAAAUGUUGCCACAACUGAACCGCAGUGAAGGUGAAACUGUAGCAGUCAUGAUGCCCCGCCCCCUGUCUGAGGCGCUGUAUUUUGAUUGGCUGGACUCGAGCACAGAUGUGGCUUGUGAUGAGAUCAUCAUCUGUUGGAAGUUGAUUUAAAUGUUUUUAUAAAUUCUGUCCCCUUCUUCUUCUUCUCUUCUGCUUUUAUAUGUUUAUAUGAGCUGACACGUACCGACGCCUUGUUUCCUCUGUAUAUUACCUGUUUUAUGUCGCCGCCCUCCUGUCCUGUGUAUACUGUAUAUUACCUCGUUAGAUGUAGGACGCUCACGGCUGAAAUUCACAUUUCAACCACAAUGACUGAAGAUUUUAUCCCAACUGAACUCCACUGAAUCUGGUUGGUUUGUAGGAUUGUUUUUUUUCUUUAAUCGUACGUUGACUGACACGUCUCUCCUUUUCUUAACGGACUCAGGUCCGGGCGCUCCUCCCUUACAGUUGUUUCACUGCUCCCUAUAAAGCGCUCCCCCUUUUUAACAGUUAGAACUCAGUCACGGGGGCGGGGGGGCAAUAGAAGAUUCUCUGUCUCCCACAGUCCUGUGCUCUAGCUGAUGUAGCUCCACCCACCACAGUGACAUUAGCAUAAACAGCCAUGUUGCCUGAUCCACGUUUCAUGUGCCUGAAGGGAACAUCAAAAAACUAAAUGUUUUCAAGAACGUAAAUGUUUCCAAACCAGCAGAUUUUCAUUCUGGAUCCCAACUGUUUUAAAUCUACAACACACUUCUAGUUUGAGUCCACGCCAUGGGUUCCACCACAUUACGUUCUGUUGUGAAGAUCAUUUGUUCUGAUUCUAGAAUUGAUUGACGCUUGGUUACUGUUCUAGAAUCUGCCAUUUGAUAUUGUGGAACACACCAGGUGUGAGAUUAAUUCUCAGUCUCUGGAUGUGGUGUUCCAGAAAAUUUUAUUUCAUUUUGGAAAACUCUUGGUCUGACUCUGGAAUCAUCUGUUAGCAUCUGCUCUAGAAUCUGUCGUUUGAUUUCGUGGAACGUAUUCCAUCUGAUUGUCGAACAUGGAGACUCCAGAACCCCAUGCCUUCUGAUUCUAGAACAUGCCCGAUUAUGGAUGAAUACUCAGCCUUCAGUCUCAGGCCAAGGUGUUCUAGAACAUUUUUGGGAAACUGUUGUUUAGAUUCUGGAAUCUGUCAUCUGUUAGCUUGUGUUCUAGAAUCUGUGGUUUGAUUCUGUGGGAUGUGUCCCAUCGCACAUUUGUUUUUCUGUAAUUUACAGCUUCAGGUUCUAGAACAUGCAGUCGACAUACCUUCUCAUUAUGAAACUCCUCCACGCUCUGGUUCUAGAACAUGCCCGGUUGGGCUUUUGAAGAUGUGGUGUUGAGUUCUAGAGCAUUUCACUCAAAUUUAAAUCACUUGUUCUGGUUCUAGAAUCUAAAGUUUAAGCACAUUCAUGACUGCUUUUCUGGAAUGCAUCGCAUCAAAACUGUGCGAGCCAUUUCUUAAACAAGGGUGAACAUGUCUGCUUUGAGCAUCAGAUUCCAGAGAGCACUAAGACUCUUGUUGUGGUUUGGAUACAUGCGUUCACAGUCUGGAGUCUGGGAUUCUAGAGUAUAUCAUUUCACCACAUUUCUCACUGUUCUAGAAUCUUUUUUACAUUUUAAUUUUAUUUCACUAAAAUACACAGCCACAAAUCCUAGAAUAUAGACUAGAAGCUUCUAAAACACCUAACCCUGCACAUUCUGGUUCUAGCACACGCCCAGUUCAGGAUGAAUUCUCAGUCUUAGGCUGUAGUGUUCUAGAACAUUUUGGAAAACUCAGUAUCUAUCCCAGAAUUUGUCGCCCGGUUGCAGAUGAAUUGUCGGUGUCAGGAUGUUGUGUUUAGUUCUACAACAUUUCAAUGACUUGUUCUGAUUCUAGAAUCUAACGGUUUUUUUUUGUUGUUGUUUUUCUGGAAAGCGCCAUUUUUAUACAACGUUUUGUUGAAGGGUGAACAGGUUGCUUUCAGCUUCAGACUCUGGAGAGAAACGGAGAGACUUGUUUUGAAAUGUGGUCUGGAUACGUGCGUUCUCAGUCUGGAGUCUAGGAUUCUAGAAUAUGUCGUUUCACCACAUUUCUCUCCGUUCUAGAGUCUUUUUUUGUAAAAUACACGAGAAAUUCUAGAACACGCAGAUUAGAAAAUCCUAUAACUUGGAGACUAGAACAUUCUAGAGGACACAUUUUCAUGUUGGGACCCACACACAUUGUGACUCCAGAACACUCCCAGUUAGGGACGAAUCGUAAGUCUCAGGAUAUGGUGUUGAGUUCUAGAACAUUUCAGUAACUUGUUCUGGUUCUAGAAUCUCUAACAUUGACUGCCCUCAAAUUCUUUCAAAAACAUGAGCCCUCUUUUUUUAAAUACAAAAACAUUUUGUUGAAGGUUGAAACAUUCCAGAGAGACGGAGACGCUGUUUUGAAAUGUGGUUUGGAUACGUGCGUUCUCAGUCUGGGAUUCUAGAAGAUAUCCUUUCACCACAUCUGUUUUUUAAAGAUUUGAUUUACCUUAAAUACAGAACUACAAAGUCUAGAACAAAGAGAUUAGAACAUCGUAGAACACGGAGACAUAGAACAUCCUUGAACACAUUUUCAUGUUAGAACCCCACACGUUCUGAUUCUAGAACACGUCUUGUUUCUAAAUUGAAAAUCUAUCCAGAAUGUCCGAAGGACAAAUGAGCGUCAAAUGAUUUAUUAACAGCGUAAGAAACGUGUUAGCGUUAAGCUGUCACAACCAUUCUCAAAUUUAGAAUUAAUAAUUUUGAGAUCAGAACAACAGUGACAAUAUUUCCAGUUCAAUCAGAUGAUGAUGAUGAUGAUGUUUACUUUGCCUCAGGUAGAGGUGUUUGUUUGAUCAGAUCACCUGGUUGGCCCCGCCCCUCUCUUCUGUUUCUUUAAUCUUCUGGUCACCAUGGAAACCUUCAGAAGGUCCCGUUCACAGAAAUCAGCUGGUGUCUUUUGGUUUAGUCUUCAAUGCCGUUAUUAACCGUUCACGUUAACCUGGAGCUUCAGGCUCGAUGAACCACAUGAUGUUUAGACUCCUGGGUGGUGGAGGGCGGUGGGUGGGGGGGUGGGGGGGGGGGCAAAGACCAGUGUCUGGGUGGAUCUUCAGCCUCCAUGACGUGGACAUGAGUAGUCGUCUGUUCAGGAGCCGACUCACCGUUCGUAUUUUACAGAAAAACAUUGAUCUGUAGUGUGUGAGAGAGAGUGUGUGUGUGUGUGUGUGUGUGUGCUGUGGAUCAGCCCCUGUUCAGAGCAGUGUUGUUUUUGCAUGCCGUAUAUAGCUCAGUGUAAAUCGAUGUGAGUUGCAUGUCUGUGUAGUUUCAGUUGUUCGGCUGACUUCUGUCUGUUGUGGCUUUUGGGUGCCUUUCGUUUGAUUUUUCUGUUUCUUUGUUUUUUUAAUUUCCUGGUUUCGUUUGGUACCGUGUGUCCCAGCUGCUGCUGUUUUUGGGGGUUAUUGAACAACAACAAAAAAAAAAAGACUAGAAAACUGAAAACAAAGCAGAUCCUCCUGUAAACAGAGCUGGCAGCAGUUAUGAUCCCGAGACGUUGACUGACUGGGUGUGAAUUCUGUUUUUGGGUGGAUUGUCCCUUUAAAGAGUGCCAACUACAGAUGCCAGUGUUGUACAGCAGUGAGAAGCUCCCACUAUUUACUAAAAUAAACCAUUUCUCUGUUUUUUCA